AUGAAUACAGAGAGGAGUGCAGGCGGUGGCCCUGCCGUUGGCGGUGGCCCUGCCGUUGGCGGUGGCCCUGCCGUUGGCGGUGGCCCUGCCGUUGGCGGUGGCCCUGCCGUUGGCGGUGGCCCUGCCGUUGGCGGUGGCCCUGCCGUUGGCGGUGGCCCUGCCGUUGGCGGUGGCCCUGCCGUUGGCGGUGGCCCUGCCGUUGGCGGUGGCCCUGCCGUUGGCGGUGGCCCUGCCGUUGGCGGUGGCCCUGCCGUUGGCGGUGGCCCUGCCGUUGGCGGUGGCCCUGCCGUUGGCGGUGGCCCUGCCGUUGGCGGUGGCCCUGCCGUUGGCGGUGGCCCUGCCGUUGGCGGUGGCCCUGCCGUUGGCGGUGGCCCUGCCGUUGGCGGUGGCCCUGCCGUUGGCGGUGGCCCUGCCGUUGGCGGUGGCCCUGCCGUUGGCGGUGGCCCUGCCGUUGGCGGUGGCCCUGCCGUUGGCGGUGGCCCUGCCGUUGGCGGUGGCCCUGCCGUUGGCGGUGGCCCUGCCGUUGGCGGUGGCCCUGCCGUUGGCGGUGGCCCUGCCGUUGGCGGUGGCCCUGCCGUUGGCGGUGGCCCUGCCGUUGGCGGUGGCCCUGCCGUUGGCGGUGGCCCUGCCGUUGGCGGUGGCCCUGCCGUUGGCGGUGGCCCUGCCGUUGGCGGUGGCCCUGCCGUUGGCGGUGGCCCUGCCGUUGGCGGUGGCCCUGCCGUUGGCGGUGGCCCUGCCGUUGGCGGUGGCCCUGCCGUUGGCGGUGGCCCUGCCGUUGGCGGUGGCCCUGCCGUUGGCGGUGGCCCUGCCGUUGGCGGUGGCCCUGCCGUUGGCGGUGGCCCUGCCGUUGGCGGUGGCCCUGCCGUUGGCGGUGGCCCUGCCGUUGGCGGUGGCCCUGCCGUUGGCGGUGGCCCUGCCGUUGGCGGUGGCCCUGCCGUUGGCGGUGGCCCUGCCGUUGGCGGUGGCCCUGCCGUUGGCGGUGGCCCUGCCGUUGGCGGUGGCCCUGCCGUUGGCGGUGGCCCUGCCGUUGGCGGUGGCCCUGCCGUUGGCGGUGGCCCUGCCGUUGGCGUCAGAGCUCCAGAGAAUCUGUGUGGCACUCUUGUGCUAAGCCACCAGCUGUAUCGUGCUGCACUGGAAAUGGGCCUUAUGCGCCGCCCCCUGUAA